GAUUUCUCCUUCGCCGCGGUCGCGCAGCGCUAUCCGGCUCUCUGUCAUGGAGUUUGUGGACCAGGCCACGCGCUUCUUUCUGCCUUACUUGACCCACUGUUCGGUGCGGCGGAUGAUGCCGUGGGCAUUGAUGGGCUUCAUGGUGACCGGAUCCCUCGUUAAAGAAUUAGUGCCGCUGGCUGCUACUUACCUGAGUGACAAGCGCAACGCGCUCAACAUCUAUUUUGUGAAAUUUGCUUGGGCUUGGACAUUCUGUCUGCUGUUGCCAUUCAUCUCUAUCACCAACUACCAUGUCAUCCAGAAUAUUUUGCCUGUACUUUUACGACUUGUCACACUGUUGGUUGGCACUAUCAUUUGGUAUACAUGCACAAGUGUAUUUUUGCUCAUUCAGGCCUUCACAGGCAGUUGUUACAAAUCAUCAUCCCUUGAUGUAGUGACUCAAGAACAUUCCAACAAGCUACAGUGCCUACAAGCUGGUGGGAUAUGGCAAAAUUUUGAUAUCUCGGGACAUUCCUUCCUCCUUUCAUAUUGUGUUCUAAUGAUUCUAGAAGAGAUGGCUGUGAUGCCCAGUGUGAAAACCUUUCAAGGCACCAGACUGCACACAGUGGUGAACAGUUUAUUCUUAGCACUGACUUGUUUGGCCUUUAUCUGGCUUUUUAUGUUAUUUACCACUGCUGUAUAUUUCCAUAAUUUUUGGGAUAAGAUUUUUGGCACUUCGGUGGGCCUCUCUGCUUGGUAUGGAACAUACAGGUUUUGGUACCUGUCACCUUUAUCUCCUGGACUUCCUCCCAAAAGAACACUUUAUUUCUCAAAGUCUAAUCGUAGGCUAUAAAAUCAGUUUGUGGAU